AUGGAGUUGCCGGAGCCACCGGAGUGCCCAGUCUGCUUGAACCUUUACGACGCCGUCUCGAUCAUCCCACGAGUUCUUUCCUGCGGCCACUCAACCUGUGAAGUCUGUAUCCCUCAGCUAACGAAUCCCUUCCCAAAUACAAUCCGAUGUCCAUCCUGUACUCAGCUUGUCAAAUUGCCGGAUUCCAUCUCCUUCCUCCCCAAGAAUAUAGACCUUCUCCGCCUCUCUUCUUCCCUCCAGAACGUUCCGGAUGGGCCCACAAAGGUAAAUUCUCAAAAGUCACCUUCAGUGUCGUCCCAAAUUGAUCAAAGUGAUAAUCUGUUCAUACGCAAUUUGUGGUCUCCUGAAUUUUACUUACACUGGAAGAAUUGGGUCCUGCCAAGUGAGAGCAUUUUGUUGGAAAAACACCUUGAAAUUGAGAAUGUGUUGUUUUCUCUAUGUUGUGGAAAGAUUGUUAAAAGUGUAAAUGGUAGUAGUAGUUUAUAUGAUAGGCGUGUUUUGAAAGAGAACUGGGACGUGGGUCUAGUGAAAGUUGGUGUUUUCAGGGAUGAUCAAUGCCAAAAAGAAAAGGAGAAAGAUGGUUCUAGGUGUAACAAUUCCUGUAAAUUUGUGUACAGUUACGAAGCAAAGAUCAUGAAAUUCUUGUUUUCUACGAGUGAAAAUGAGAGGGAUCAAUUGAAUUUGAUUUUAAAUGCCAGCUUUAAGGUCAGUAAAAUGGGACGGAUUUUCGGAUUUUGGUGUAGUGAGGAAGAUGAUUCUGUUUACAUUGUGUGCGAGAGGUUUAACAGGGGUUUGGAGAAGAGUAUGGGAGCACUGGAAAAUGGGCUUUUAGGGAAAGUUGAAGAGCAGACAGAAAGGAAACUAUGUGCCUUUGGAAUGAUAGGAAUGGAGAUAUGUGAAGUGGUUAUGGAUUUGCAUGUUGAGGGCUUAACUGUUGGUUGUUUGGCUGCAUCUUGUUUUGCUUUAGAUGGGUUAAGUCAUGUUUUGGUUGAUUUUGGUCAGAUUUUUGUAAUGGGUAGGCGAGUUUGUAGGAUGGUAGCUGGACACAAUGACCAUGAGGAGAAACCAUUCCAAAAAUAUGUAUUUGUUUGUCCAGAGAUGUUAAUUGAACUGUUAAGAAAAGAAGGAAUCAAAGUCGUAGAUGAGACCUUCAAAUAUGAAGUUGGAAAAGGAUCAGAUGUGUGGUCCUUGGCUUGUGUUCUUAUAUGGCUUCUUGCUGGGGAGCAAUUUGCUGAAGAUAUUCAAGGUUAUUAUGACUGUCUUUUUAGUUCUGUGAUUGGCCAAGAAGGCUGUAACUUUGUGAACUUGUACAGUGGUUGUAAGGAGAAGUUCAUAGCUUCUCUGCAAAUGAAUUUGGCUUCGGGUUUAGUGUCCCUAAGAGAUGUUCUAAGCAAGUGUUUAGAUAUUGAUCCUGGGCGUCGGCCAGCUGUACAUGAAGUUUGGAAGUCCAUCAGGUCAUUGAUUAUAACACCUUUGUUUGAUGCAUUCCCUUAUUCACAGGCAGAAACGGUUAGGCGAAAUCCAAUAUACUGUAUAUGUUUAAGCAGUCUCUGUCAUUCGGUGGGUAACAAUUUAAAAGGAAGACAUAAAUUGGUGCAUGGCAUUUCUAAAGAAGACGAAAAUUGUGACCAUGAUGCCCAUCAAGAUGAAGAAUUAAGUAUUCAUGGGGAUGUCGUUGAUGGUGUAUCCAUUGGUAAUGUCAAAUGCAUUGAUCUGAAGGCUCAUCGAGAUUGCAUCACAGGAUUAGCUGUUGGAGGGGGGUUUCUCUUCAGCUCCUCACAUGAUAAAAUACUCAACGUGUGGUCUUUGCAGGAUUUCUCUCUUGUGCAUUCUUUUAGAAGGCAUGAGCAUAGAAUCACUGCAGUUGUAUAUGUGGAUGAAGGAGAACCAUUAUGCAUAACUGCCGACAAUGGUGGUGUUAUAUGCAUCUGGGGAGCUAGAUUUCCAUUUGAUACUACCCCAAGUCACAUAAUAGUUGAGCAGAAGGAUUGGCGUUACAGUGGUAUUCAUACCCUUGCUACAUCUGGGCACGGAUGCCUGUACACUGGCAGUGGCGACAAGUUGAUUAAAGCUUGGUCCUUGCAGGCAGACUAUAGUUUAAUGUGCACAAUGGCUGGUCAUAAAUCAGUUGUGUCCUCCUUAGCCGUAUGCAGCAGUAUUCUCUACAGUGGGAGCUGGGAUGGAACUGUUCGAUUAUGGUCCAUCAAUGACCAUAGUCCUCUGGCAGUACUAGGAGAGGACAAACUUGGCAACUUGGGUUCUGUUCUAUCACUUGCAGCUGAUACUAAUUUGCUUCUCGUGGCUCAUGAGAGUGGCAAUGUGACGAUUUGGUAUGAUGAUGUGCUUCUGAAAUCUUCUAAAGUUCAUGAUGGUGCUAUUUUUUCUAUUAGCAAGAAGGGAAAGUGGCUUUUCACUGGGGGUUGGGACAAGACUAUUAGUAUGCAAGAAUUGUCUGGAGAUGGUUCCCUAGUUCAAGCAAUACCCAUGGGAUCAGUGUCUUGUGGUUCUGUGGUCACUGCUUUACUAUACUGGCAGGGAAAGCUGUUCGUGGGACAGGCUGAUAAAAUUAUCAAGAUCUUUAAGAUUGGAUAG